AUGCCGGUGGCGCGAGAGGGGCGCCCAGUAGGUUUGCGAGGCAGCGACCCGCACGUGGGUGCUCGCUCUUCCCCUUCCUUUCGCUCGCCGCCGCCCUUCUCUCCUGACCCCCGCCUUGCUUUCCUGCCCCAUACCAGGCCGGCGGCGGCGGGCGGAGGGCGCUGGCGCGCGCCCGUUCAGUUGCGCGGGUGCCCGGUGCGCCGCAGCGUGCCGCCGCUGCCCGCGGCCGCGCCCCGCCCCGGGCACGCGUGCGCUGAGCGAUGGUGCGUGCGUCCGCGCCCUCGGCCUGAAGCGACCUUCGGAGCGGAGCUCGCCUCGCCGAUGCAAGCGUUCUGGAUAAUGUUGCCAUCAUUCAAAAUUCCCAUCUUGGGCUUUUAG